AACGCCGAAUUAUUUUUGUAACAGCGAGCCGUUUCGGGAACUUGAGGCGCAACAGGGUGUCGAUUGUAUUUUCGACUGUCGUAUCAGUCCGCUUCAGCAGGGCGUGUGCGGCCGUAGCGUUGAUAUCGGAGGAAGAAAACCCGGGGGCACUGCCUCCGAUAAAUUCGCAGUCUGGAGCCUCUCGUUCUUCACGAACCAUUCUCGGGCUGCCAGAUAGUGCUCCAUAUGAAAGCAUAGGAGACCGAUGCGGCGUCGGUGCUGAAUAGUGUCCCAGCUGGUCCAAUGGGCUCAGGAGAACGCAGCUUUGCUCUAGCGGAGACACGGGGGGGCUGUGGCGGUUAUGGGCUGCAGGGGGAGGAGGAUGGAUCUCCACAGCGGGCCAGGACCCUAGAGGACCUGGAGAGGAGCCUGUCAGCCACGCGGACGGAUGAGAUGCCACUGGAAGAGCUGCUGGCGCUGUACGGGUACGAGGUGUCGGACCGAAUUUCGGGGAACGCCAGCGAGCCCACGGAGCUUCCAGCACACCUGCCAGGCAUGACCUUGGACAAGGACCAAAUUGCGAAGGACCUGCUCUCCGGGGAGGAGGACGAGGAGACGCAGUCGCCGCCCGAUGACCUCACGCCUUCCGUCACCUCCCACGCCUCCGACCUCUUUCGCCUCCACCUCCGAGCGCAUGUCCAGGUGGGCGAGGGCAGGGACAGCUCUGGCGGCUCGUCGGACGACGACUCGGAGGCCAGCUCCACUCCGUCCAGCGAGGGCCGCAAGGACAUCAUGGUGGGCCCUCAGUACCAGGCCCUAAUCCCCCCUCUGAGCCCCUACGCCUGCCAGGAGAGAGCCUAUGAGAAUGAGGACCAGCUCCUGUGGGCCCCGGGGGUGCUGCCGGGGGAGGUGGUGGAGGACUUCCUGUUGCGGGCCCAGGGGUGGGGCGGCGAGGACGGGGCGAGCGAGAACCCCACUUCCGGGGACAUUGUCCGGGACAGUGAACAGGCGCUGUACGAGCUGGUCAAGUGCAGCUUCAACAUGGACGAGGCGCUGAGGAGGCUGCACUUCAACGUCAAGGUGUUCCGAGAGGAGCUGUGCGCGUGGAGUGAGGAGGAGUGUAGGAACUUUGAGCACGGGUACCGGGUCCACGGGAAGAACUUCCACCUCAUCCAGGCCAACAAGGUGCGCACACGCUCGGUGGGGGAGUGUGUGGAGUACUACUACGCCUGGAAGAAGUCGGACCGGCACGACUACUUCACCCUGCAGACCACCAGGCUGGGCCGCAAGAAAUACAGCCUGCAGUCCGGGAACAUGGAGGACGGGGAGCAGGACGGCGAGGGGAGCAGCCGCUCCCACAGCCCCCCCCAGGGCCCCGGGGCCCCCCCCCAGCUCGGACCCCCCUCCCCUCCUGAGGGCCACGAGCUGGACCUGGAAAAGCCAGAAGCAGACUCAGGGUUCAGUGUGGGGGUGUCGGAGCGGGGCUGUGGGGGGGUACCCCCUGGUUUGGCCACGCCCAGAGAGCCCCAGCUUCCCCUCUGUCAGCACGGGGACCCCCAGGACCCCACUGCGGACUGUCCCAUCCCAGCCGGCCGUCCCGCCUCCUCCCCCCCUCCCCCUCUCUCCUCGCUGGGGGCCGGUGCCCAUGCCCCGCCCCCCGAGCUUUUGGGCCCUGGGUUCUACCAGCUGCAGCUGGGGCCCUUCGGCACGGACGGCCCCUUUGCCCUGCCGACGGUCGCCCUGCCGACGGAGGCCCCGCCCACCGCCUCGCCCUCAGUGUUUGGGCCCAUCGGAGGCUUCCUCUGCCCCCCUCCGGUCCAGCACCCCCGCUCUCUCACACAGUGACGUGGGGGGGGGGAGGGUGAGGGGGAAGGGUGAUGUCCACAGUGGGACAGCCGGAGGUGCUUCGGUGCUGCAGGGGUGAAGUUCACGCACGCCCCCAUACGUGCAAUUUAUGGACCCGUCCGAAACUUUUGGGGCCCCUCUCCAUGAACACAAGGGGGUUCCAGAACACUGGAAAGAACAAUGGCCUGUCCCAUUGGGGGGUUGCUCAGCGAAUAGAAAUCUAUGAAAGUGGGGGGGAAAGUGCCAGUAUCAUGGGAGAUCACUGGGCUGUUGUUGGGAUGGGGGCAGUGGAGGUUUGUCAAAACCAGCGUGUUUGUGAUUUUUCUUUGUUAUUUUAUUUGGCACAAACAGGUCUUUUUUUCCCAAGCCUGUAAUUGACAGAACAGAAGUCCCUCUGACCUUUGACCUCUGCUAGCACCAGAACCCAGAACCAUUAUGUACAAACAUGCUGGAGUGCAUAAGAGCUGGACUGAGCUGUACCUUGGUACCCUGGACUGGAAGAAUCGGAAACCGUUUCGACCACCCCCUCCCCAGAAGGGUUUCUUCCUCCUCUUAUGACAUCACUGGCCUCUUGAGAUCACAUGACCCAGUCUGCUCUGGGUGGUCUCCUCCCACCUCCGUCCUGCUGAAGUUUUACUGUGUGAGUUCAGCUCUCCUCUCACCUGAGCAGCCAUUACCUCAUUCUAUUGGAUUACAGUGGGCGGCGUGACAUGGUGGACAGUACCAGCAUCGGUGACACUGAGGAAAUUUCGGCCCUGUUCCCCCUUCCGACUCCCCCCCCAGCACCAGCAAGUUAUGACCUAUCCCUGACUCCGCCCCCACCCGUACCCCGCCCAAUCAAAAGCCCUUUCAUCAAAACAUGCAGUUUCUUCUUGAAAACGUGGAGCCUGACAGAAGAGUCUUGCAGAACUGUCUGGUGAGGCUCAAAGUGUUGAAGGUCCCGUUUGAGGUGCCAAGAUUUUUAUUUUGCUUUUGUUCAUUUAUUUACACCCCCCCCCCCCCCCAUGCUAGCUCAUUCACUGAAUACUCAGUUUCUCAGGUACAAAUACAGAGCUGGGCUGGGCCCCUGCAAAGAUGUUCAGAGGAAGAGCCUAAAUUUUAUUAUUUUUUUCCUGGGGUGGGGUUGUAAUGUGGCCAAGAGGGCGGGGGUUGCUGAGUGUUAAAUGGGUGGUGUUGUAUCGUUCCCAGACCAAGAGAAUCCAAAGAGUGUUCAAGGAGGACAAAACUGUGCCGUCAAUGCCGUCCGUUGAAAACAGAUGCUGUAAAAACGGGAAAAAAAACUGAAAACAAUGCAACAUUUCUUUCUGCCGCUAGAUGGCGGCGUUGCUGUAUUUGACACGAGUAGAGAUUCCCUUCUCUGGAGCUCUCUGGUUAGUCUGUGGGAAGGUUGUUCGUUUGUCCCGGACUAUGUCUGCAUAAAGUCGUCCUGCAGUCCCCCUUGAUGAUGGGAUAUCUUAUUUAUUAUUAUUAUUAUUAUUAUUAUUAUUAUUAUUAUUUCUCUUGUUUUUUUUUCUUUCCCAAACAUUUUAAGAUACAGACGUAUUUUCUACUUUUGUUUACGCUAUUUUCAAAGACCGUGUUUCUGAGAUUGACACUGAGGGGGGAGAACUGACCUUUAUUUACACGUUUUUCAGCUCUUUGUAUUGUACUGCUUCCGCUGAUGGUUUAUUAUUAGGAUUAUUAUUCAUAUUAGUAACAACAAUGUUAUUUUAUAUUUUGUAAAAAAAAAAAAUUUUUUUAAAGAACUGAUUAAGCAACACUGAAAGUAGCACAUUGAGCCAAUUAACGAUUGCCGUCCACUAGUACACAGUACAUGUACAAACAUACAGCGCACCCACACACACUCAGUACACACCAAACUAAUACGCAUCAAUGCAGCUUUAUUCAUUUGAGAAUAAAAACUUUUGACGACA